CUCUGUAAGAAUUUCAACUUGGGGAAACCAACUCGAGAUGUUGAGUAAAAAGAGCUGAAGUAGUGAUGAAUAUGGAAAGGUCCCCUUUCGCACUUCAGGGAGCGUCAUGCUGUAAUAAUAAAGAUGUGGUGCUCACCGCAGAAUCACUGUCGAAGAAUCGAUGCCCUUUCUCUCUCUCGCUCCCUUUUACGCGUGUGAAUAACUGUGCUGCUUGCUGCUUCUUACUUCACCUCUUAUUGUGGAGCACGGCAGGACAAAGGAAGCAAUCUGCUUGCCUGUAGAACAGAAAGAAGCCGAAGAUGGCCCCCUCUGAUCCUUCGUCCUUCAAGAUUAUAUUGGGCUCUUCUUCAUCAUCGCGAAGGCAGAUUCUGACAGAAAUGGGUUAUCAAUUUACUGUAAUGACUGCAGACAUAGAUGAAAAAGCUAUCCGCAUGCAAACCCCUGAAGAGCUUGUCAUGACACUAGCUGAAGCGAAGGCAGAGGCAAUCAUGUCUAAGCUUGAACUAGAUGCUUACAAAGAAGACCCUGUGCCAACACUUCUUAUAACUGCAGAUCAAGUUGUUGUCCAUGGUGGUCUGAUCAGAGAAAAGCCAACAAGCAAGGAAGAAGCACGGGAAUUUAUUAAAGGUUACUCUGGAGAACAUGCAUCUACAGUGGGAUCAGUAUUUGUAACCAACCUCAAAACAGGGAUUCGCAAGGGACAGAGUGACAAAACUGAGAUCAUAUACGCGAUGCAUGUUGAUGUGGUUGGCCUGUUGCACAGAUUGAAGAGGGUCAUGUCCUCAAAGUUGCAGGUGGCUUGUUGAUCGAGCAUCCACUUACAUGGCCUUUUGUUGAAGCAGUGGUUGGAACGAUCGAUAGUGUGAUGGGAUUGCCCAAGGCUUUGACAGAAUCUCUGAUUCAACAGGCCCUCGAGAUUAUUUGAUGAGAAUUACCCAGCUGACGAUGAGCUCGCUAACAUGCAUUCCAGCCACCAUUCUUCUUUGGAACUGUAUUCUAGAAGUCAUCUGUUAGAUUUCAUGAAGGAAAACGCUUAUGUCUAGUCACAUUUUGGAUUAUUCAUUUUCAAGUCAGAUGUGAAGUAGAAAAUUGAAGACCAAACCCAUUCCAAAUUUCCAUUGGCAAAUUUUGGUCUAAAUAUUAUGUCUUAAUAUGAGAACCAAAUUAUUGACAUUCAAAAGCUGUUUGUUCUCAUAUAAA